AUGUUCCUUAGAUCUGUGCUUUCGGUGUUGUGCCUAUCGUUGGCAAAGGUAUUUGCUGAUUCAAGUGAUCUUUACAUAUAUUCUGAUUCCGAUUCUGAUUCCUUAGUCUUAGGUGUCGUUAAUAACGCUUUGGUCCUAGGCUCUGACAUCGAUUCAAUAACUGUUAUAAUUAAAGACGAUGGUUCUGCUGCAAUCAAAAAUUCCAAUGCUUAUCUUGCUGUCAACAGUGAUAACCAAUUAACUCUUUCUGGAUCACCUUCAUCGACAGGUUUUUACAUUUCUGACUCCUCUCUUUUUUACAACACAUAUGGCUCUUUUUAUAUCUGUCAGCUAGAUGACUAUUAUGCAAUCUAUUCUGAUGAUGAUGGAAUAUGUUCAGAUCCCACUUCUGUUAAAUUGGUACCAAAAUCUUCUUCCGGCUCGACAAUCUCUUCAUACACUCCAGAUGACAGUUUUGCUACUACAAUUACCUCUACUGCAAUUGCCUCCACCACAGCUAUUGUUGUACCUACUGCUAGCGACGACGAUGAUGAUAACAGUGAGAGCAUAACAACACAAACUCUUUAUUCUACAAGAACUGUCGAUGGUUCAGUUGUUCCUGUUUCUACCAUCACUGGCGGUGUCUCUACUUUAAUUUCCUCGAGUUAUGUUACUUCAACUCUUACCACAACUCUUUUAGUUCCUGUCACUUCAACCUUCACUUCAAAGGGCAAGGAUACUCUUCUUGUUGUUACCACUUAUACUGAAACUGUUGAAACCACUUCAUGUGUCACAUAUCUUGAAACUUCUAUGAUUGUUUCAACUGUCUCUACUGAAACUAUUACUCGUAAAUCAUGUCUUGAAGGUGAUUGUUUAAGAGUGAAAACUUCCACUUACAUCGCUGUUGUUGAUCCUACUAGCUCACCACUGUUCUCAAGUUUUAACACUUCAUCUUCAUCCAAAUCCCUGUCCAAGUCUUCCACCAAGUCUUCCUCCUCAAUUAAACCAUCAUCAACUUAUUCAAACUCCUCAUCAAGCGAUUGCUCUUGCAGCUUUACUGAAACUGAACUUGUUAUCGUCGCUCCAUCCGGAUUUUCUAUUGAAUUUGAAACAACUGAUGAUCAAUUUACCUUUACUACAACUUCUAAAAGUACUUCUGAGGGAUUUUUUGCUACAAAGACAACUACAACUGGAUCUGGGUUUUUCGUUGAUUCCACUGAUGCAUCUGAUUCUAAUGAUUCUAACGAUUCUAGCGAUUCAACUGAUUCAACACAGUCCGGUGUGUUUUUUGAUAUUGAAACUCAAUCUGGUGAAAGUGGUUAUUUAUUUACAACUUUACAAACCUCUGCUAGAUCUACUUCGGGUGCCUUGGAUCUGGAUUCAACUACUACUGCUCAAGGUUUUGUUGCUUUUGAAGACUCUGCUUUAUCCUUAUCAAAAUCUUCAUUCCUAUACUUAUUAGUUUUCAUUCCCUUGAUGCUUUUUUAA